CACCCCUAUUUAUCUCUUCUUCCCACCUACUAGGCUUGCUUUGGAAUUCUGCCUUCUUCAACCAAUGGUCUCUUCAGCUUCUCAGUGACUGAGGGGGUGAAUGAGACCGACCGUUAAGAGGAUUGACUAGUCAACCACCAGAUUCUUUUCUCCCAGGUAUUUUACCAGCAUCAAUCCUCACUCUUCCCCUUACGAGCUACAGGAAACAGCCUCCAAAGAUGCCUACCUCGUCCUCACAGGUCAAGGUGCAAUGCACUCUGCCACAGUGUCAUCAGACCUUCGAUUCUGUUCAAGACAUGAGAGCGCACCAGAUGCAGGAUCCAAGCCAUCACUACUGCGGCCGAUGCGACGAAGAAUUUGCGGAUGAAGAGCGCCUUCUCAUCCACAAGAUCAAGAGCAACAAGCACAUCAUCUGUCCAAUUUGCGGUCUGGAUUUUCGCAGCGAGGGAGGCCGAAAUGUCCACAUCCGCCAGAAUCAUCGUGCUGAACAGAACAUGGUGUGCGUAGGCUGCCAGGACACCUUCAAGAGCGCGACGGGACUGAUGCGGCAUAUUGAAGAAAACGAAUGCCCCGAGAUCAGCAGCACCCGCCUGUUGCAAGAGCAGUCGAAGAAGAUGAUGAUCAAACAGGCUCUGAAAGGUGGUGAAACAUUUCCAAAAUCAGCCAUUCUGGACCCGACAGAUCUCGAUGAUAUCGAUGGUGGCGUCAAGAUCAACGAGCCAAACCGUCUGCCCAACCAGCUGGCUAAUAAGGACUCUACGCGCCUUGGACCAGCUAAGAUCCCCAUGGAAGAUUGGCCGAAGCUGUAUGGGAAGACUCCGGCACCUGUCUCUUCUGCUCGAAGCGACUUGAUGGCAUUCUCCGAGGUUGGCCGGGCCAAUACCUCUACAGUCAGUGUGAAGGUUGAGGACCAGGAAGGAGCUCCCUCUGUCGUCCAGGGUGGUGACAAUUGGGAUGCCACUGCCGCCCCUCGUGGUCUCGGUGCAUUUGGUGUCGACCUGCCUGAUCCUGGCCAAACCCUCCGCAUGCUCAAACCAAACUGGGACGCGACCAAAUUCUUCAACUCUUACAGUGGGCUGUACCAGUGUCCCGGAUGCAGUGAGGAAUUCAAGACCAUGAGAGAGUUUGAGCAGCACUUCUUGAGCAAGAGCCAUGGCAGAAACGUGGUGCAAUGUCCCGGGUGCUUCAAGUACUUCAAAACCACUGCCGCCCUUGUUGCUCAUUGUGAAGCGCCAACCACCCGCUGCGAGAUCAACGGUUCGCAGCAGUACGGACAGAUCAUCGACGAGCUCACUGGGGGUGUGAUCCAGGCAAAUGGCUACAACAUGGAUGGAACCAUCAAGUACGAGGCUGGCCAGCUGGAAUUGCAGAAGACAACGACUAUCGGGGUCGACCUGGAGAAAAUCAAGUGGUAACGAUGGAUUGCACUGGUACUUGUUCCUAUACGAACACAAUGUGGCCGCUGAUCAUGCAUUCAUGAGGUUACAGUGCACCCUUACUUAGUCCAACUAGGUCAUCUGAAUUGAAUCUUCC